AUGGCAAAUUCUUCGUUUGAAAGCCUCUCGGCAACUCCACCGUCGCUUUUAGCGACAGCAGCAGAAACCUCCUUCCUCCUGUCCACCUCAUCGACGAUGACGACGUCCGGAGUCUACGACCUAGAUGGAGGUUCCACACUCCCGUCGAUCUCCAUCAUAGGAUAUGCCACGGAACCGUCUCUACCACCAGGUUCAACUCUCAGAUGGAUAACGUCUGUCUCUUACAAAAGCAUCAGUUCCGAACCAAAAACAAGUACCACGUCGCUUGCAUCGAUUACAGGCACAAGAUCGGCUGGUAAUUCUUGGACAACAUCAACAUUUUCACUAACAAUCGAGGUAAAUUCGACAUUGACAACAACACGAAUGCCGCUGACGAUUAUGGUGCAUCCGACAUUGACAACCUCUCUUCCGUCGCCGAUCAUAACGUCUUCCACCUCCGCAGUGCCUUCAAUCACAUCUAGCUGCUCGACAACUUCUGCUGUGUCGAUCUCUCUAGCGCAGUCAGCGACGCUGGGUACCACAGUGCGCCCAACAGCAUCUCCAGCAUCGUCAUAUAACUCCACGACGUCAGCAUUCGCCGGAACACAUGCUCGAAUUGCACCACACGUCUUGAUGAUUGCUAUCCCGGUCUCCAUUGGCAGCACAAUCGCGAUGAUCUGCCUGUUCUUUCUCUGGCGCCGGUUUCACCCAACGUCUUUCCAGAAAUUCAUCAGCCUUUGUCCAUACCACGCAGCCUUGUCGCGUUGGGCCGGAACACGAGACAGGAAUCGUCGCAUGCGUGCUUUACGCACAGCUGAAGGCCUCACAGAAACCCAUCGCGGCUUCACAGGAGGAGACACAUUUACACGUCGCCUACGACAAUAUGAACAAGAGUCUAUCCGUGCCAGGGAAAAGUUCAGCUUUGAAAUGCCUUCUACACCACAUUCCGGCAAAAAGAGCGAGGGCAGUACACUGGUGGGCAGUCCAUGGCGCAAGAACAAGAUCACAAGUCCCAAGCCAAGCUACGAUUCCUCCAAGGGACCUGAGACCGGUCGGCGCAUGUAUGGCCCAUUCAAGCGUGAUUUCAAUGAGGAAACAGGAAGUCUGGAGAGUUGGGAGGAGAAAUGGUUCAAUCUGGGCACUGAUGCUGAGGAGAGUGCGUCUUCAACUGCAGAUCUUCCAAAGACAGAACCGGCGAAAGAUGAUGAGGACAAGAUUGAGCGUUUUGCUGGACCUGGAAUGUCAUGGCGCAAACUCGUCUGA